AUGGAGGGGGGCCCGGAGAGCUCGGCAGGGCCGGGCCCCUCCCACCUGGCGGGGGGCGAGGACCGAGGUGUCCGCGGGCGCCCCCAGUGGCUGCGGGUCGCGCGCGCACUUCGUUCUCCACUCACGCAGGGAAGGAGGAUUUCAGAGGGGUUCGCGAUGCUGGCGACGCUGGCGAGGGUCGCGGCUCUGCGGAGAACCGGCCUUCUCUCCCGCCGGGGCGGCGGGAGGGGGCUGUGGACCGGCCGCCCGCAGUCAGAUACUGACAAUAUGAAGCCAUUGGAGGGUGUAAGAAUUCUGGAUCUAACAAGAGUACUGGCGGGACCUUUUGCUACUAUGAAUUUAGGAGAUCUUGGAGCAGAAGUUAUAAAAGUGGAAAGACCAGGAGCUGGUGAUGAUACACGAACUUGGGGUCCACCUUUUGUGGGGACAGAAAGUACUUAUUUUCUCAGUGUUAACCGAAAUAAAAAAAGUAUAGCUGUUAAUAUCAAGGAUCCAAAAGGGGUGAAAAUCAUCAAAGAGCUUGCAGCUGUUUGUGAUGUAUUUGUGGAAAACUAUGUCCCUGGCAAAUUGUCUGCAAUGGGGCUGGGCUAUGAAGAUAUAGACGUGGUAGCGCCUCACAUGGUCUACUGUUCCAUCACAGGGUAUGGUCAGACAGGUCCACUGUCUCAGCGAGCUGGGUACGAUGCUGUUGCCUCUGCUAUUUCUGGUCUGAUGCACAUCACAGGGCCUGAGGAUGGAGAUCCAGUUCGUCCAGGAGUGGCCAUGACUGAUCUUGCCACUGGCCUUUAUGCAUAUGGAGCCAUUAUGGCUGGAUUGAUACAAAGAUAUAAAACCGGAAAAGGACUGUUCAUUGAUUGUAACCUACUGUCAUCCCAGGUGGCAUGUUUGACUCACGUCGCUGUGAAUUAUCUUAUUGGCCAAGAGGAAGCGCGGCGCUGGGGCACAGCUCACGGAAGUAUUGUUCCUUACCAGGCUUUUAAAACCAAGGAUGGAUAUCUCGUAGUUGGAGCAGGAAAUAACCAACAGUUUGCUACUGUGUGCAAGAUCUUGAAUUUGCCUGAACUGAUUGAUGAUUCCAAGUAUAGAACUAACCACCUUCGGGUACAGAAUAGAAAAGAGCUUAUUAAAAUACUAUCGACACGGUUUGAAGAAGAAAUGACCAGCAAGUGGUUACACCUCUUCGAAGGCAGUGGAGUCCCGUAUGGCCCAAUUAACAACAUGAAGAAUGUGUUUGCAGAACCCCAGGUGUUGCACAAUGGCCUCGUUAUGGAGAUGAAACAUCCGACUGUGGGGAAGAUAUCAGUCCCAGAAAACCUGGCAUGGAGAAGCCUUACCCUUGGCAGUAGCUUGCGAAACACAGUGAUGGAAGUUUGUGAAACAAGCAGAAUACUGCAUACCUGCCGCGAAAAAGUCAUUACCAUCGCGAACCUGUCACAGACAAAGCCAGGCCCAGCUGUGAGAUACAGUGAGUUAAAGAUGUCAGAGGCCAGCCCGCCCCCCCUGCUUGGGCAGCACACGACGCAUAUCCUGAAGGAGGUCCUCAGUUACGAUGACAGGGCCAUCACAGAGCUGCUCAGCGCUGGAGUGGUGACCCAACAUGAGGUUGAGUGACAAAGGAAAUACGCUUUUUUGCAAAACCACAGUUGGAAUGCAUUUUGCUAGCAAAGGUAAAGUAGCCUUUCCGGACCCUGCUCCCCAGUUCUGGUGCCUGCCACUGAAGAGUUAGAGGAAUUCCAGAGUUCCUGCCUGGCCUCUCCAGAAUGGCGCUGGUAUCAGUGAAUCGAGUGCUUUCUAAAAGCACCCCACCUUUGAUUCCUUACCAUUUACCCCCAGAUAAUAGAUUAAUUGUGGAUUUGUGGGAUUUUUUUUUUUGGGUGAAGUUUUUUUUUUUUCUGGAAAAAUACAUUCCUCAUUCUAAUUACGUUAAUAGCCUAAACGUUUGCCCCUCCAGCCCACGCAGGUCUGAAAAAGAGCAGAUCUCUUGACGUUCUUUACUUGCACAUAAAGUCCUCAUUUAAACCUUUGUUAGGAAGUCAAAGCAAUAAGCAGAAUGACAGUCUCGGUGAUUGAUUUUAAACAGAAUAACUUAAUUUUGAGCUCAUGAACCCUUUGUUAAUCUGUAAUUUAAACCAUGGAAUUUGUUAAUGUCCAUUAUAAAACUGAGCUCCGUUCUCCCCCAUGGGGGUAAAUAAUGGCUUUAUGUUGUAUUUCUUUGAUUAUUUCAUGAGACACGGCAGAAAAUCAGUCUCCACCAAUGAAUUUUGGGAUGUAGGGGGUGAAGAGUGGUUCUUUAAUUGGUACCUUAUUUUGAGCCAAGUACAAAUGCAACAGGUUUUUAAAUGAAUGUCAGAUGACUAUCUCGGUAUUAAAUAACGUCUAAAUAAUGAUAAAUUGGAGAAUGAAAGGAAAAUAUUUCUUUGUGA